GUUGCUGAAAAGUGGAGCUCAAUUGAAUGGGAAGGAAUUCACCGGAAAAUAUCAACAAGAUGGAGUAUGUUGCUGAAACACUUUCAGCAACAUGGGGUUUGUUGCUGAUACUUAUUUUCAGCAACAAACAAUCUCAUGAUGCUGAUUUAUUGUUGGUCUUUCAGCCCUGGAUCCAGAGAAGACGAAUUGCCUAUGCAAAGCUCAAGCAUGUGAUGUCAGGAAUCCUAAAGCACCUGAAACAGCGUGCUCUAGGAAGGCUCCUGACUGAUGAAGGAGAACCUAAUGAGGAUGUCAUAAAAAAGUUGUUUCAUACAAUUGAUGAGAAUCAUGAUGACCAUCUUUCGGCUGGUGAAUUAAGAGCACUUAUUGUAGGAAUCCGGUUUGAGGAGAUAGACUUGGAUAAGGAUGAUGCUGUUAAUAAAGUUAUGAAAGAUUUUGAUACUUCCAAUGAUCAGCGCAUUAGUGAGAGAGAGUUUGUAGAUGUAUCUGGACUUUCUGGAAGCAAAGAAACUGCUCAAAGUCAGGUCUCUGUUGGAAUGGGGUUGCUUGCUGGGUCCACUGUGAUGCUUCUCACGGUUAUAUGGGGUUCUUGUGUUGUGGUUGGUAAGUGUGAUCUUCAGGAUUCGGUUGCAGUUGAUGGAACCAAUUCAAAAGGAUUUAGCUUAACAGGUACUGGUGUCAGUACUGAUAUUUGGACUCGCUAUGCUGCAUGGAUAAUGGCUGCAUCUGUUAUACCUUUUAUUGUUGUUCAACUGUCGCAAAUUCACAAUUCAACUUCAGGAAGACACUUAGCUGUCUUGAUUUCACUUAUUUUGUCUCUCGCAAUGCUGGUUUCUUAUUGUCUUUAUCAGGUCUUUCAGCCCUGGAUCCAGAGGAGACGAAUUGCCUAUGUGAAGCUCAAGCAUGUGAUGUCGGGAAUCCUAAAGCGCCUGAAACAGCAGGCUCUAGGAAGGCUCCUGAGUGAUAAAGGAGAACCUAAGGAGGAUGUCAUAGAAAAAUUGUUUCAGACAGUUGAUGAGAACCAUAAUGGGUAUCUUUCGGCUAGUGAAUUAAGAGCACUUAUGGUAGGAAUCCGGUUUAAGGAGAUAGACUGGGAUAAGGAUGAUGCUGUUGAUAAAGUUAUGAAAGAUUUUGAUACCUCCAAUGACAACUUGAUUAGUAAGGCUGAGUUUGUAGCUGGUGUCAAAAAGUGGCUUAGCAAGGCAAAGCGAGUUGGGGGAUAUUUACCUGGUUCUGGUCCCCAAACAUUUAAAGUUAUAGGAGAUUUUAGCCUGAAAACUAGGAGAGAGCAUCGCCUGUUGGGCGCAGAUAAGGAACAAAGUGAUGAGGUCGUUGAGGGUGUUGAAAAUCCUAGGUUGACCGCAGAUGGGGAACAAAGUGAUGAGGUUGUUGAGGGUGUUGAAAAUCCUAGGUGGACCUCCUUCAAAGCAGUACUAUUGCUGUUGCUGGGAACUCUUAUUGCUGCUGCUUUUGCUGAUCCCCUGGUUGAUGCCGUUGAUAAUUUUUCAGAUGCAACGAGCAUUCCAACAUUCUUCAUUUCAUUUAUUGCAUUGCCGUUGGCCACCAACUCUAGUGAAGCUGUAUCUGCCAUUAUUUUUGCUAGUCGUAAGAGGCAGAGGACAACCUCCUUGACAUUCUCUGAGCUUUAUGGGGCAGUAACCAUGAACAACGUCCUUUGCCUGGCAGUUUUCUUAGCACUGGUUUAUGCGAGGGGAUUGACAUGGGACUUCUCAUCUGAAGUGCUGAUAAUUCUUAUCGUUUGCCUUGUGAUGGGAGCCUUUGCCAGUUUCCGCACCACAUUCCCUCUAUGGACAUGUUCAGUGGCUUAUAUUCUCUAUCCUUUCUCCCUGGCGCUGGUUUAUGUUCUGGAUUAUGUCCUUGGUUGGUCAUAAAGUCAUGAUUCUUGAAUAAUAGAAGAUUAGCUUGGGGAGGUAAGUGAAUGUCUAGAACUUUGCGGCUUUUACCAAGUAUCACCUUUACAAUUUCUGUUUGCUAUUAUUAUCAUGAGCAUGAUGUCCUUCGAGUAAGGGCCACUUUUCUAAGGGCCUAAAUUUUGCAGUCCAACCAACUGCAACAGCGAUUCAUGUACUGUUAUUAUUAUUACAACUAUGCCCAUUUGUGAUAUCCCAAAAUUUGGAGACCUAAGUGGGGCUGAAACGUAGUCACCACUACCAGUCUGCAGCUUAUAAUGAAGGGUCAGAUUUAGAAACCCUACCUAUAUCCCAACCAAAAGAUACAGACUAUGAGACUAAACUUUAAUUAAUUCCCCCAUAAAUCCACUAGCAGUAGUCUGUUACCAAUCAAGUGUCAAAUCUCAUCAUUCCCAACACCCAAAGCUUGGCUUUUCUGAAGUGGAGUGUCUGUAGCUUUAAUUUUUUAAGCAUGAACGAAGCAUAAACUUAUGAAAGAAGA